UCUCUCCUCUCUUAUAUCACUCGUAUCAUCGACGGAAAACGUGGCGUCUAUAUAACGAUUCUAUAUAGUUUUCAUAUUUUCUUCGAUUAUUCAUGGUGGAAAGCUAUUUAGAUGAAUAGCUUCAUAUUUUACAACAAAAAUUUAAAUAACAUUUGCAACUUCGCAAUAAUGAUUCAUGUUUUUGUUUGUUAUUUUUGUGAGGUUAUGAAAGAAUAAUUAUGUUUAUUUUUGUAUAUUACUUAUUUCUUCCAUUUUCUUUUUUACCAGUGAGAGUUAUUAAUUGCAUAUAAUGAUUAUAUGAUGUCGCCUUGCAUAUCAAUUUAUAUAAUAACUAUAUAUAUAUUAUUUAUAUUCAAUAUAUGAUGUUAAUGUCUUCUCGAUAUUAUGCCUUGUUUCUUUGUGUAAUAACAAGAUAAUACGUUGUAAUUCUUGCUUAAUGUUCAUUAUCAAAACAAAAAGAAAGAAGAAGAAAAGAAAAGGAAAAAAAAAAAAAAAGAAAAAAAAAAAAAAGAAAAAAAAAAGAAAGAAUUGUAUAAGAUCGUUUCGUUAAAUCACAAUUUACUUUUGGAAAGUUCAUAUUUAUUAUUGCUUCGACUUAGAAAAAUCUAUGCGCGGAUGCCAAUUAUAAGAUUUGAAGUUUCAUCAUGAAUGCCAGAACACAACUAUUUGAGUUAAGUAUGGAGGGUCGGCAGGUCGACGAAGCUGUAGCCAGUAUAUUUCACAGCGUUCUAUUUCAUAGAAGCCUUGGAAAAUUUAAGUACAAACAAGAAGGCAGCUAUUCCGUUGGUACUGUCGGAUAUCAAGAUGUCGACUGUGAUUUCAUUGAUUUCACAUACGUAUGCUGUUCCUCUGUACAUCUUGAUCAAACCUUGAAAAGAGAAAUAUCGGGCUUUUCUGAAGCUUUACGUUCUACGGAUAGUCCUGGUUCUGGUCAAAUAUCGUUAGAAUUUUUUCAGAAAAAAAAGAAUCGCUGGCCGUUUCAGGCAGAGUGUAUACCAUGGGAAGUAUGGACAGUGAGGCUCGAGCUUAUAAAAUUAGCAACUGAGCAUGAACGUCAAAUAUGUAGGGAGAAGGUUGGUGAUCUGUUGACAGAUAAAAUUCUCUAUAUAACUGAAGUCAUGAAUAGGCAUGACUAUUUACCAAAAAUGCCAAAUCAGGCUGAAUUAGAUUUGAUUUUUGAUACUUCUUAUCCGGACAUUCAGCCUUAUCUCUUUAAAUUGUCUUUCACAACUUCUAGCCCAUCGAGUUCAACAAUGGGUAAUACAAUGAAAAAGUUGAUUAAGGAGACAUUGUCCAUUUAGUCGUAACAUAAAUUUUGAUCCUCAUAGAUUAGAUUAAAUUAAUCUUUGAAGAGAAGAUUAAUGUAUAAAAUAUAUAAAUUUGUGCAGUUUCUUUUACAGUGAUCACAAUAUGUAUUUUACAGUGAUCUGCUACUGUACCUUAUACAAUUUUGCUUCUUUGUUAGAUCUUUUUACUUUGCAAUAAUAGAAACUUUGAUUGAUUGUUUGAAUGUAGUACAUUUAUUACAUUGAAAUAACAUUCGUUAUAAUUCGAAUAAACUUUUCACCAAAGCAGAGAAUUUACCAGUCCUGGGAAGUAAUUCUUCAUUUAUUGUCAAAACAUAGUAAUAUGACUGGUGAGAAAUAUUCUAUAAAAAGGCAUGUCUAAUGUCCAUGCUCUAUAGUUCGUACGUGAGUCUGUAAAGAUAGUUCUGUGUCAGCAAUAUCAUAAUGUAUUUUAUAAUAUAGUAAAUACAUUACUGCGUACAUUGCAGCUAUCAAACUGCUAACGUACCUCUUCAACUUUAUAGUACAAAUAAAUGUAAAGUUCGUUUUGUUUUGUACAUCAUAUAUACGUCCAUUGCGCGAUUCAACACAAUUGUUGAUUAUACUUUUAAUAUGAAUCUUCCAUUGCAUUGGUUAACUUCUGCAAAUGUAUAUACAUUUUGCAGUUAAAAAAAAAAAAAAAAGAAAAAAUUGUAUUGUUUGCGCAAUGAUCUGGCUGUUCGAUCAUAAAAAAAAAAAAAAAAAAAAAAAAAAAAAAAGUGAAAUCAGUUUUAAUCUUUCCAAAACUUAAGUACUUUACUCUGCUGAUUUUGUCAGCAGGAAUAAAAUAGUUAAGAUCGAUUAUCGAUGUAUUGUACAUUUUAGGAUGUCUUAAAGAGACAUGUGAUACAUAAAUUUUUAACAUUUAUUAGAAAUGUGGUGCAUGACAUAUUUUUUAGUUUUGCAGAUUCAAAAAACUUUCUAUAAAAAGGAGUCACAAAUCAAAAACUGCAAAUGUUUUUUGAGUUAACGUGCAAUCUAAAUAUGCUUAUUACAGGAUUAAAAAUGAUUAGGAUCAAAGUAUAGCCAUCUAAUUAGAUAUUGUAAAUUGAAAUGAAACUUAGCGGGGUAUGUCUGACUUUCUAUUAACAGUUACCAAUUAGUUCUCUUGUAUUAAUGCUGCAAUGUUUAGCGGUUAAAAAAUAUUAUCCGAUUUAAAAUACGUUCUUUGUGAUAUGACUAAUAUUGAUUUAUGAUUACUUUAUAAGAUAUAUAGAGAAAAAAAAAAAAAAAAAGAAAAAGAAACAGGAAAAGAAAAAUUGACGACCAUUUGAAAUUCAAUCAUCGCUCAAAACUUUGCCUAUCAUGUUUAGAAAAUAAGUUCAAACAAUGUGUUUCAUAAUUUAUAUGAAAAUUACAGAAGAAUCAAGUAAUACUCACAUGCAGCUAUCAUGAAAAAAAAAGAGAGAAAAGAAGAAAAAUGGAAAAAAAAACCGACAAAAGAGAAAAAUACAAAACAAAGAAGUUCUUAUAUACUCUGCUUUGAUCGUACUUCAGAUAUUUAAUUUAGAUCCAAUAGAAACUUAUAUCA